GCCUGCGUGCUGCGCGUGCUGAGGAACCUCAACGCUCCUCGUGCCCGACUUGCCCGACGUGUCCGCUGUCUUUGUCGUCGUGCUUCGCGGUUCGCCCCGCGCUUCGCGUCUGCCCGUGUUGUGCGACUAUGCGUUGACAUGCUGCUGCUCGCGCUGCUGUUGCUGCCCUUCGGCACCGUCCAUGGAGGCCCCCACGGCGGCGUGGUGCACCGCGAGCAGGCCUGGACACACAGCACCCAGCUGGACGCCGGCCGCAACGUCCGCGGCAGCAACGCCCUGGCCGGCGGCCUGGCCGGCGGGGUGCGGCUGAGUUGGCGCCCCCGCGAGCGCGACAUCCUGUUCCAGCUGGACGCCCCCACCAGGGGCUACGUCGGCCUGGGCUUCUCCAACAACGGCGCCAUGGCCGGCGCCGACAUCAUCGUCGCCUGGGUGGACGACGCGUCCGGGAGGCCGCACCUGCUGGACUGCCACGCGACGUCGAACGCGGCGCCGAUCCUGGACGAGCAGGAGGACGUCAAGCUGCUGUACGGCAAGCAGAACGGCACGCACACGUCCCUGCGCUUCCGCAGGGCCUGGGACACGUGUGACCACAACGACAUGGUCCUCGGGGAAGACACCAUCCGCGUUAUCUGGGCAAUGGGGGAGAGUGACCCAGUGAUUGACGACAUAGUUGGUGUGUCGGGACUGGUGUGGCACGGAGCGCACAACCGUGGAAGCCACUCUUUGCAUCUGAGGGGGCCUCCUGUGAGCCUGCAGCCCCAGGGAAGUGAGAUCUACAGUUGGGAUGUCAGGCAAGAAGAGUUCAUCGUGCCUGACAACAUGGACACAGUAUACUGGUGCAGGAUUUUUAAAGUCCCUGGACUUACAAGGAAACACCAUAUGCUUGGGUAUGAGCCGAUUAUUUCUGCGGAUUCCCUUCGUCACGUCCACCACAUGCUGCUGUACGAGUGUGCACCCAAGUCGCGACAGAUUCCACUGCUCGAAAGGGCGUCUAAAGAACGGGGUGCGGCUUGCUAUUCGCCCGCAAUGCCCCCAGAAUGGGAUUCAUGUCUCACUCCUAUUGUCGCUUGGGCUGUUGGGUCUCAAGGUGAGAUAUUUCCAGAACAUGUUGGAAUACCUCUUGGAGAAGGUCAUAGAUCUACAUACUUCAUGUUAGAAGUUCACUAUGACAACCCUUCUCUCAAAAGACUACGUGAUAACUCUGGCCUUAAAAUAUACUACACCCCAAACUUGCGUCCAAAUGAUGCUGGAAUAUUAUCUACUGGGAUUGCAGUAUCUCCUUUGCACAUGAUCCCUCCACAGCAACCAGCUUACAGAACAUUUGGUUACUGCCCGUCAGCGUGUUCAAAGAAGUUGCUGCCGAGUGAGGGAAUCAAAGUUAUCUCAGUUGUUCUCCACUCACACAUGGCAGGAAGCCAGAUGGAACUGAGACAUCUGAGGAAUGGACAAGAACUUCCUAGGAUAGCACAGGAUAAACAUUAUGACUUCAAUUACCAACAAUCCCGACGUCUACCCAGGGAAGUCACGGUUUUGCCAGGAGAUGAGCUAGUCACAGAAUGUGUGUACAAGACAAUCAACAGAACUUAUCCCACUUAUGGUGGUUACUCGACCAAACAAGAAAUGUGCCUUUCCUUUGCACUUCACUACCCCAGAACUCCCCUUGCUGCUUGCCAUUCAAUGACUCCUGUGGAGUACUUUUUCUCAACUCUAGACGUUCAACAGUUUUAUGGUGUUGACAUGCCUGCUGUUGAGAGGCUGUUCCUCAAAACAGGUUCCCCCGACAAUGGAGCUAGUGAUGAAGAAAAGCUACGUCAGCUUGUCAAAUCGUUUAAAACAACUACUACGCCAACACCCAGCGUCUUUGAUGCUCCAGUGGGGGAUGAAUGGGACGAUGAAGCAAACCAGAGAGCCAUUCUCGCACUCAAAGCUGCCAAGGACUUCACAAUUGAGGGAGAAGGUGAUCCUGAGGGUGCAGGAGCAGGCCCUGGCGGCCUCUUCGCUGAUCUAGUUAUUCGAGAACCUGCUCAGUUUAGGAACCGGACUUUCACAGAACAUCUGUUGGCACUGCCUUGGACUGAGCCUGAUUUCACAGCAAACUUGGAAGAAGUUCUAAGUGGAAGUCACAUGGCUUUCUGUAGGCUUCAAGAUGAUCAAUUGGCCGUGCCUGCAGAUGUUUUUAAAUUGGAGAACAUUACUGCAUUCCUAGAGGAUUCUGAGCAACGAUUGUCACAGUGCCAUGAGUUCCGAGAAGAUCUUGACCAACAGCACUUGUUUAGUGGAGGGUCAUCAGGACUAGUCGUGAGUUUUACCCUUGCCCAAUCAACCGCUCUAUUAGUUCUAUUAAGAGUUUGGAUAGGUAUGUGUGGACUUUAAAAAUAAUUUCAUAAGGCAAACUGUAAUCAAAACCUACAUCUGGCUUGAUAUUUUAAAGUUUGUGUCAAACUUCAUUCAUUGUUGUUAAAAAUUAGGAUGGUGGACUCCUAGUUUUUACUUCUUGUUUAUCAGUGCCACUUAAAUUUUUCACUAUGACUAGGCACUGAGCUUGAACCAAAGAUGGCUAAUCAAAGACUUAACUUUUUCAUUUUAGUUUAGACCACUUUUUUUCAAUUCUUAAGGGUUAAUAUCAGUAUUUUAAGAGACUGUCAAGACCCAAUGUAUUUCUUAGUUUAACCUUCUUGUGAUAAUUCCAGUUUGUAAAUAUGUAAUGUAUCAAUCAUUGUAUAUACAGCGUAGUAAGAUGGUAGAUUUAAUUUAUUAAUCUGUGAAUAUUUUCCGAUGCUCUUGGUUAAUUCAAACUCAAUACGGCUGGGCAAGCAUGCAAUAGUAAAGGCAACACGUUUACUGUAUUUUUACACGUUUGCAUAUUAGGUGAAAUUUUCUAAUCUCUUUUAAGUCCCAGCUUCUUCUUUCCUCCUAUUUUUUUUUCUCCUUUGGACACAUAUGUGAUAAUACAGUAAAAAUGUUGUCACCAUGUAAAAAGAAAGCGUGACUCGUCAAAGGCCGCAGCCAAGAUUAGAACUGAGGCUGUGAAAACUGUUAUGUCAUUUUUAGCAAAUAAUGUAUAACUCCCCCUCAAAGUGCUUUAUGUCUCAAUUCUGUUUCUUCAACCACAAAAAUGUUUUGGUUGCGACUCCCAAGAAGAUUUAAAGUGCUCAAUGAAAUCACACUACUUAAAAGGCUGGAGAAAUGUACACAGUUUCAGAUCAAUAAUUUCUUGAAAGACUGUUAAUUAAUUUUUAUGAACUAUUUAUUUUUCUACCUCACAUAAGUGUAUGUGCGAAUUUUCAUUCAAAAAAAAAAUAAAAAUAAAAAGUAUUUUGAA